CCCGACGUGCACCGAGGUGCGGGGAGUGUCCUGGACUUGCAGAACUCCCAGUUUGUUGAGCAAAACAGUAAUGAAGAGCCCUGUGGGUCUGGUGGCCAUGCUGCCAUGCCUCCUGCAGGGCUCGGGGAAAGGUWCGUGAAACUCCUGCUCUGCUGCUGYGGCCGGAUCGCGCUCCCAGGACUACAGGGAAGUGAUAUGGAAAGCAGCAGGAUAGCAGGAGGUGAUGGAAAAUCUAAUGUGUGGAUUUAGGGAGCGCCAGUGCAAAUAUGCUGACAUCUGCUGUGUCAGAUUCAUCUCUUCUGAAUAAAUGAAGAAAGUGACUAUGAAGGCACAGCACCUGCCUUCUGUUUUCAUCAAUGAAGAGAAGUUCAUAACMAGAGAGCAGCUCAGUUCUCUUCUGAAGAAUUAUAACUCUUACUAUUCAGAUCAAGAGAAUCUGCAACUGACAUAUAGUCAGCGAGAAGGAAGCACMCCAUUCAUUGAAGGAAUCCUCUCGAUAUUUUGGGGAGUGCGGCAUCCUAUCCGAUUCAAAGUUCAGGAUGAGAAGCAGAUACCCUCUUUUGUAACCUUGAAGUCAACAGAGAAYGUGGGUUUGUUCCCCAGUAAAAGGGGAAUGACUCGCUGGGGAGAAUUUGAUGACCUCCAUCACAUUAGUGGGGAGACACUGAAGUCUUCUGAGGAACAGACAGACCUYGAGCAAAGUUAUCCAUGCUUUGACAGUCACACACUCCAGUCCAGGAGUGAGCAGGRGCUCGACUGUGCCACCCUGCCCCGGACCAGCAGUGAUGCCACGGCCGUGCGGAGGAGGACAAAGCUCCCCACCAUCACCAGAACAGAAGCAGAGACUCACAGGUUCUCAAUCAAUGGCCACUUCUACAACCAUGAGACAUCAGUUUUCACUCCGGCUUUUGGAUCAGAAACCAAAAUAAGAAUCAACAGCCAGAUGAGAACCAGACAAGUGAUAGAACAGUUGCUUCGKAAGUUUAAGAUAGAAAACAGCCCCCAUGAAUUUGCACUUUACAUUGUCCAUGCAUCUGGAGAAAAGAAGCAGCUGAGGAGUGGAGAUGUUCCCUUGCUGCAGCGGCUGCUGCAGGGGCCCUCUGAGGUUGCCAAGCUCUUCCUCAUGGAUGGGGAUGUAGAGGAGAUCAGCAGUGAUGUUGCUCAGUACAUUUCGUUUCAUCUUCCCUUCUUGGAAUCAAUUCUGCACAGAUUAAAUAAAGAGGAGGAGCAGGAAAUUCAACAGACAAUUGCAAGGUACCUGAAAGAGAAGAGCCUGAUMCGGCAACACCUUCGCAGUAGAAGUGUUACAAAAACGGAGACCACGGUGUGAUGGCCUCUUGGGAACAGCCCGGGAAUGGUCCCUUGGGAAUGGUCCUUGGGAACGCCUGGGUGUGCUCGGGGCAGUGGCUGUGCUGCUGCUUUCUGUGGGCUGGCACUGGGGAGUGAACCCCAGAGUGAACAGAGUGUGCAAAUGUCUCCUCACCACUGAGCAGCUGCAASCACCCCACGCCUGCAAUGCUGGGCUGCAGGCUGCAACCACCUGAGGAGAUGCAUCCCCCAAACAGAUGCUGAAUCUGACUUGGAGCUUAGGGAAAGAAUCCCCUGAAAAGCCCAAAGCUUAAAAUCCUACUGAUGUAUGACCUGAUACCAAGAGGCUGGCAUAGAAAAAUACUGCAAUAACCACUGUGUUGAUAGAAAACAUGCAAAUUAAAUAUACAGUUACCCCUACAUUAGAGAAAUACUGAAUUUUAUUAGCARAAAGCUUUUCAGUAGAGCCAGGUGGCAGAAGAUAUUUAUGUAUUUAAGACUGCAGGUAGAAUUUUCACUUAAGUUAUAAAAUAUCCAUGCAACAUACUGAAAUCCCAGUGGCUUCAGCCUGAUAGGUGCUGGAACUGCUUAAGCGUUGAGCUACAAACAAGCUUAUGAUUGUUAGAAAAACAUAAYUGGAAACCCUCCCUGCUAGGAGCUGCUCAGCUCUUAGCAAUGAGACGUAAUUUAUCCCUGAAAUACCUCGUAAACUGCAAAGUAAGAACACUGACUAAACAUUGUUAGGUCCUGAAAGGCAUCUCAGUGGUUUUUGUAGUUGGAAUAAAUGAUUGUCUUCCUGUGCUGCUUAUGGGAAAGAAUAAAUAAAGACGGAAUGGAAAAGAGUGCAGAGCAAGGUUCAUGUUCGUGUG